AUGGCCAAGGCGAAAGGGCAUGCUGGAGUCCAAAACCGAGCCAUCUAUUCCAGAGCUUCCUAUCUUUACCAGGCGGCGACUUACCUGUCCCGUCGCGCGGACGCGGACGCUCUCGAAAAUGCCGCCUCGGCGGGACAAGCACCAGCGGACAAGGCUCACCCUGCUGCUGCGAACGACGGCAGUCAGCGCAAGGCCCUCGGAAACCUGUCCAGGCUGGCCAUCACCACCAUGAAAUCCGUUUCCCUCAAGGCGCAGAUCCGUCAGAGCCCGCCUCUCAAGAGGACGGUUUGCAAGCUCUGCGACACCUUGUUGGUGCCCGGUAGGACUUGUCGCUCCACGGUCGAGAAUGCGAGCAAGGGCGCCCGUAAGCCGUGGGCGGACAUGCUUGUGGUUGAGUGCAAAACCUGCGGCAACCGCAGACGAUACCCGGUCGAUGCGCCACGGCAGAAAAGAGCCACGCUUCGCCCCAAGGCCCAGGCCCAGGCCCAGGCAUCCGCACAGCAGAAGGAGUGA